GACUUGACAAUCUUGGCGGCUUGCACUGCCUCAAAACGCUUGGCAAAAAGAUGCCCUCCUCAGUCACCUCACGCGGGCGGAAUACCACCUUUGGUCAUUGUCUACCGCCGGUACGAAAGCCGGUCUUUGACGGCGGCAGAAAGAGGUAAACAUGUACUUGGGGUAAGCUCAUCCAGCAUUCACCCCUCCCCCAACCCUCGUCUGUUGGAAUUGUUCUAGAAGGACUCUAUUCGCAACCUCAGGUUCCCUUGACUGUAUUUUGUGUUUGCUGAGAGAAGAAGUACAGAGAUUUGACCUCGCAAAAGAAUGAUUGUGGUUCGUCGUCGAGAUUUGCACUGUACAUGGAACACGAGGCACGGAUUGGAAUGCUUGCAUGCCUCAGUAGCAGCAGCAGGAGCCGCAGCAGCGAAAAGUGAUCACCUGUUCAGGCUUGGAAGAUAGAGGCCGCCCGCAACCAACAACAUGUCGACUGCAGCUUAUUCGCCGGAAACCGAUCCACAAGGAGAUGAUGGAGUGCAGCAACCCUUGCAGAGGAGAGCAACGAUUGGCGAUCCAGUGUAUGACAACCAGGUGAUCAAUCGGCAGAGGCGCAAAACUGCGAUCGUCGCUUGCGAACGAUGUCGAAGGCGUAAGAUCCGAUGCGAUGGUAAUCAGCCUUGCGCUACCUGCGCUAGGUUUAACGUGCGAUGCACCAAGCCUGAGGAACGGAGGGAGCGGAGCAGCAGUAAUGCAGAACAUGCGGCGCUGGCAGAUCGGGUUCGAAUGCUUGAGGCCAGAUUGGCGGCAGUGACAGCAAGCGAGCAGGCAGAGGCCUCUUCUUGGAAUCCGCGUCCUGGCCCACCAGCUCUACAUCUGGAUACAAGCUUUAGUGCUGACAUGCCCCACGCGUCUAGCGGCAUGGAUGACAUGUCGAUGAGUGAUGACUUCUUGUCACCGAAUAAUGUACCAACAAUACAGAUCACAGGGCCGCAUGGUAGCAAUCCGUCAUCUCCAUUGGCUCUGUCGCCAAGUCCCAGUCUGUUCUCAGGAACGUCCAGAGCAUCAUCACCAGAUCCAUUUUCGGCAGUCUCAGCGUUCGAUUAUGGGAAUGCUCUAGGUGCAUCGACGCUCAAUAUCAGUGGACAAGGACCACAUCGUACGCCACCGAUGUCCCAGUGGGCCGAUGUGUACAGUCAGACACUGCAAACGCCGGUCUCGCCAGGCGGGCAUCACAUCUCUCGUCGAUCUUCGGUGUCUUCAUUCGGCGGUCUGGGAGAAGCUCUUUGUGCACCUGCAGAUCAGAGUGGUGACUGGGGCAUGGACGAUCCAUUCGGAGAGCCAGAAUACAAUGAAGGCUUCGGCAACUUCGAUCAAUUCGUCCCGGAGCCAACACCAUCAAAGACUCAGGCAGAAGCGCUAGCGGAGCAAGUAUUCAGCAGCCGGUACCUGCCCAUCGAGCGAUCAGCAUUCAGAGUCUGUCUGGAGGCAAUAUAUUUGCUGCCCAGUCAUACCACAGACGUGCACCCGACAGUGCAUUCUAUGCUUUCAUCAUAUACGACAUAUACCUUGCGCGUGGCGAGGUGUCUGGUGUUCCUCGUGCUGUCCAUUGGUCUUCGAAUGAAUGCCAACUCUGGCAUGGGCGAUGCCGGAUUGCAUGGCUGCUAUCAACUGGCAAUGCGGCAGAUGAGUCGUCCAGACUUUUGGAGUGAGAAUGGCGCUCAAGAAGUUUCCGUGUUGUUGAGCGCUUUUGCGGAAGUUUCCAGAUCCUAG